UUUUCUUCCCUUUUAAACAGGCUAUGCGUCUAAUUCAUGCUCUAUAUAGUGUCUCAUAGCCUGCAGGAUUGUCCCUGUGCUCCAUGAUUUAUAGGAAUAAAGUGUGUUUUAUGAUAGACAGUGUAAAUAGGUGAUCAGGCAAAAAAGUUGUGUGCAAUUUUAAGGAGUUUUAAAUUUAAUCGAAUAUUCUUCAUUACCACUUAUGAGACUUAAAAAAAGUCCAAGAAGUCCAAGAGCUAUUUGCAGCUCUAUUCUGUUGGAGCUGGCUCCCUCUAGUGACCACUAGGUGAUAUGAGCUUUUGUCACACACUUGUGGUUCAACAAUGUUUUAAUUGAAACAAUUGCGCAUUAAAGUGCGGAAACGCUUUCUUUAUGCGUGCUUUGUUGCGCAGUAUUGACGCGCAUUAGGGCACCCUAACGCAGCCCUUCACAUGUAAACAUACAUGUAAAUAUACAUGUUUACUCGAUGUGGUACGUGUUACGUGAAUUCGUGGCGUUUUUACGUUUCGAGAAAAUAAAAUGAAUAUGCUAAAACUUCUAUUUUUCCUUUUCUUUCAUUUUAUUUUACCAUUUGGUUUUUCCUAGUCUCAUUUAUUCUGUAACUGAAUUUAGUUGACAAUAGGAAAACUGGGAUUAGUGUUUAAUCUGGAGACGGGGCUGUUGGAAAUACCGUAAUUAUAGGUUUUGGUUUUAAAAUAAUUUGUAGUAUUUGUUUAAAAAAAAAAAAAGGUGGGAACUGUAGAUCAGAGUGCUGGCUAAUUUUAGAGGCACAGGGGAUUGAGGAAUGUGUACAUGCACACAUGCACGAAGGAACUGCAUCUGUCGGAGGAGAGAGAAUAAUCAUCUCCCAAAACUGACUAUUUUCAGGACAAUACAUGCAUUACGGUCAGUUCAGACUCUGAUGAAGCCUGUAAUGGCACCAGAUUUAGGCUGUGGUCCGAAAUAGUCAUAAUAAAUCCUUUUUUCUCUCUCUCUCCCUCUCUCACGCGAUUUGUAACAGAAAGUAAUGCAGGUGUCAGAAGUCAGGAGACAUGCUGACAUUCAGUACUACUUCAGUACUACUUCAGUACUCACAUAGCCUGCGCGUGCUGCCUAGGCAUAAACCCUUGAAUCUGAUUGAAAAAUAAUAAAUUCAUUUUUUUUUGUAUUCCUACAUGAAUACCUAGCCUAUUAGGUUUAAGUUUUGAUCAUUAGGAUUUUUUAUACUAUUAUUAUUUUAUUGCAAAUAAGAAGAGUAGUGGGAUUUUGACCCAAGCCAUUUAUGGAUUGGAUUUUUAUCAAGACAAACUUCAGCAAAACGUUUUCCUAAAUACUUACAUUCAGUGGCCAUUUCUCCCUCUCUCUUUUCAAUAAAAACACACUCUAACUAUCCCAUCAACGGGGUUAAAACUGCUAAAAUCAAACCACAUGUUCGGCGCAGUGACGGUGAACUUGGCGCACACUUUAAUGACUAUUAGCGGGGCCUCCUUUCCUACUAAACUCUGCAAAAUGUAAACCAUGACAAAUGAGUCUCAAUAUAAAUGCUCCCAAAAUCAGAACUGGACUCUAACCGGCUCCUGGAAAAUCUUCGACCUGUUUUAAGUGUUUUUUUGUUGUUUUCUGAGGGGGAAAUGGCGUAAACAUUCACUUUAAUUCGUUCCCUCCAUUUUAACCUGUUUGUGUGAGUUUCAGCCGCGUGCGUGAAUGUUAAAUACACUGAAAUGCUUCGGCGCAAAGGAAUGCAGUCUAUCAAGAUUGGAGCUGCUCUUUCGGGAUGCUCUUCAUGAACAGGCCAUCUUCCUCAGGCUGGGUCAGAGCCAUGGACACGCGACAUGGAGUGGUUGCCAUCACUUUUCUGGCCUUCUUCAUGCAAGUGGUGGUGGAGGCUACCUCAUGGUGGUCUCUGGCUAUGAAUCCACUGCUGAUUCCCGAGGCUUACAUCAUAGGCGCACAGCCGCUGUGCAGUCAGUUGGCAGGCUUGUCCAAAGGCCAGAAGAAGCUGUGCCAGCUGUACCAGGACCACAUGCAGUACAUCGGCGAGGGCGCCAAGACGGGAAUCCGCGAGUGCCAGUACCAGUUCCGCCACCGACGCUGGAACUGCAGCACAGUGGAUAAUUCCUCAGUGUUUGGCCGUGUCAUGCAGAUCGGAAGCCGUGAGGCAGCGUUUACCUACGCGAUCAGCGCAGCGGGUGUUGUGAACGCAGUGAGUCGAGCGUGCAGGGAGGGCGAGUUAUCGAGCUGUGGCUGCAGCAGGGCGGCUCGGCCCAAAGAUCUGCCCCGAGACUGGCUCUGGGGAGGUUGUGGAGACAACCUCAACUACGGCUACCGCUUCAGCAAGGAGUUUGUGGACGCCCGUGAACGGGAAAAGACCUAUGAAAAAGCCUCGAUGGAGAGCGCACGGCUCUUGAUGAAUCUCCAUAACAAUGAAGCAGGACGGAGGAUGGUAUCUGACCUGGCUCACGUAUCAUGCAAGUGUCACGGCGUUUCGGGUUCAUGCAGCCUGAAGACCUGCUGGCUCCAGCUGGCUGACUUCCGCAAAGUGGGCGACGCUCUGAAAGAGAAGUAUGACAGCGCAGCGGCCAUGAAGAUUAACGCGCGUGGCAAGCUGGUGCAGGUGCACUCCAAGUUCAACCCACCCACCAGCCACGACCUGGUGUACGUGGAGCCGAGCCCAGACUACUGCGUGCAGAACCACAGCACAGGCUCGCUGGGCACGCAAGGGCGUCUCUGCAAUAAGACCUCUGAGGGCAUGGACGGUUGCGCGCUCAUGUGCUGUGGUCGUGGCUACGACCAGUUCAAGGCCACGCUGGUCGAGCGCUGCCACUGCAAGUUCCACUGGUGCUGCUAUGUCAAGUGCAAGCGCUGCACGAGGGUUGUCGAUCAGUUUGUGUGCAAGUAACCCGCUCCUGAUUGCUUUUUUUUUUUUUUCCCCUGAAAGAGAGCGUGUGUUGUGUGCAAGUAGGAUCCCUUUUUCCGAAAGAUGAUGGGAGAACCUUUGGGAAAGUUGGAGAAUGGAAAGGAAAAGAACUAUAUAAAUUAUAUUUAUAGAGUCAAAACAAUUAUACUGUUUCAGAAAAGACUGACCUCUUUGUGUGUGUGUUUUUUACAUUCUCAAAGCAAUAGGUACAAGAAGUUUAAAGAAACAGAGUAUUUAUUUUCUGUGAUUUUUUUUUUUUUCUUUUGUUCUUUCCCUUCCCCCCCCCCGUUCUUUCUAAAGUGGAAUUUGUCGCAGUGAGUGCAAUCCGACUACCCGGAACAAAAGCAAAACCCUUCCGAUUAUCCGCAAAAGGGUAAAUCGGUUCAUUUUGGCCCUUUAAGAGGUUCGAGUGCCGCACUGGCAUUUUACUCAACCGCACCGAGUGACUUGAGUAAUGCGGUGCCGUAGUGUUUCUUUUCAGUCUCAACCACUGUCUGCCUGGGUUUGUAUAUCACUAAGAGUGGAUAUAUCAUGGUUAUUGUGUGCUGCAUGGAUAAGCUGAUUGACGUGUCUUAAACCCAAGCACACUUAAGCUUCACAAGCUACACUCUGUUCUAGAUCAGCAAGUCUUUGCAUUAACCUGGCGCAAAGAACUGCUUCAUAUUUCAGCUCCAGUGUGUUACUGUAAGUGUAGCGCGGAACUAUUACAUGUUACUUUUACACAGAUUUCUGCACUGAGUGACCACGCAACUAAAGCUGUCCGACAAAAGCAGCCUGCAUCAAAUGUCACUCACGCUUUAAGUUCUAUGCACCUGUUUUCUAGUGGCACGUCUGGCGAAGGUGCUGCCUCUUGAGCCGCGUACACAAAACAGGCCAUAGUUUCGGGAUGAAAAGCACUUUUGGAAGCUGGGUGUCUACAUGGUUGAGUAUGAAAAUGUAUGAAUAUGGCUUUGUUUAGAGUGUGAACAAUGCACAAUGGUGGUGCUGACUUGUGAUAAGGGAUUGACACUGGGAAAAUGGCUAACACUUAACUGUUUAAAAUGUUAAAUACACUUCAGUUCUUUACACUUGUUUAUUCUUGAAAGGCACAUCAAUGUUGGCACCUAUGUCCAUCUGACAAACUUGCCUUUUUUAUAAAUAUAAAUCAAAAUCGAAAUAUUCAUCAUUUUGGGAUUUCUUGUCAUAAACUUUCAUUUAACUACUAUACAGUUACCACUAGUUACUCAUUAUUUCAUUUUAUCAUUACUACUAUAAUUCAUUAUAAAUUCAACCAGUAUAUUUAUUAGCUGACAAACAUUGAGGCUUUUAAAAGGUAUUUCUUGUGACUGACUUUUUAUAUAUGUAUUUUUUUUCUUUUAAAUCAAACUGUUAAUAUGCUUUAAUAAAUUUUAAAUAUUAACAAAGUCAAGCAUCUGAAACAAACCCUUGAAUCAUUGAAUCAGCUAUUUUUUUAAACAGUCCUGUAUUCUUAUACUAUGCAACUACAUACGCCACCUUAAGUGUGUGUAUGUGUAUUCUGAGAUAAAGUGAUAGUUCUUCUAUGUUUGUACAGAAAUUAUUAAGGUAAGAUAUGUCUGUAUUUUUAUAUUUUGUCAUCCUGAGCAAUGAAGCUUCUGCAUACAGUACAUUCUGAGAAAACAGUUUUCUGAGUUAAGAAACCAAUCGAAGCUUUUGAACAAACAAAUAAAAAAAAAAAAAAAAAUCUGGAAUCUUAUGAGUGGAAUUGGUUAAAGUUAUAAUGAAGUUGGUCAUUUGUGGUAAAGCGCUUCAAGGUUGCUUGUACUGUAUUUGAAGUUGUAGCUCUCUUUAACCAUUUUUUUCUUCUGCUGCCCGGUGACACAAUGUUAUGUAGAACAGAAAACCUUUGUGAGUGAAAACGUUUGGUAACCUGAGUGAAUGUAGUGAAUGUAUGUAGGGUAGGGUGAGGUUUUUUGAGGAACCAUGAUGGAGUACAGUGUUAAGAACUAUACUAUCUUUCUAUGCUUGCUCAAAAGUCACACGGCUUUCAUAGUGCAUGACCCUCUGUUUAGUCUACAAGUGUUUUCCACUUCUCGAAAAAACGAAGACUGUGGUUAAUUAGCUCUCAAGCUUCUCUCUACCAUUCCCUUUAAGAACUAUACAAUACUAUGACUCAGGACUAACUUUUACCAGCUACAACUUUCCCCCCGAGUUUAGGAAGAAGGUGCCCUUGCUUUUCAACUAUUAAUCUUCCUCGGUUCACACACUUUGGCAUGGUGGCAGAGCUGGUCACGCAGCCUUCUCAAAGCCACCGCCACUUUCAUUCCUCAUGCGAUAAAGAGUGUAGCGGUCCAAGCCGAGGAUCGGAGGGCUCAGAUUAAGAGCACUUUCCCGACAUCAAGGGGACCCUGAGCUCUGAGGCUGCCAUGCUUUAUCUCAUCUGAAAAUAUCUGCAGGCUUGGCAUCUGAUGCCUCUCGAGCCUGCGUUUGAUGUCUAACACCCAGUUUAUCUGCAACCAAAUGAAAGAGCUCUUAGUGCUGUUUAAUACAGAGUGGUGAAACAGCAGACAUUUUAGGUGAAAGUCAUAUGAACUAGCUACACGUUGUUUCUGAUGACUGGAUUCUUGUUGCAUGAAGCGGAUAAUUUAAUUAGCAGGCCUGAUUUAUGGGAAAUAUUGCAUCAUCGGGUUGGAAAUGUUACAGUCCUGACAAACAUGACAUACACUAUAUGGCCAAAAGUAUAUGGACACCUGAUCAUCACAACCAGAUGUGCUUGCUGAACAUCCCUUUCCAAAAAACAUUAAUAUGGGCAUUAAUAUGGAGUUGCCUUGUGUACCCCUACCCCCUGUACUCUUCUAGGCAGGCUUUGUAUAAGAUUUUGCAGUGUGGCUGUGGGGAUUUGCAAUAGUGAGAUCAGGCGCUGAUGUUGGAUAAGGAGGCCUGGGGCAUUCCAAUUCAUCACAAAGGUGUUCAGUAGGGUUGAGGUCAAGGUUCUGUGCAGGCCACUCAAGUUCUUCCACAUUAAACCUUUGCAAGAUUUAGCCCCCCUUUGCAGUUCUAGUAACCUCCACUCUUCUCCACUAGAUUUUGGAGCAUGGCUGUGGGGAUUUGUGUUCAUUCAGCUAUAAGAGCAUUAGCAAGGUCAGGCAGUGAUGUCAGGUGAGGAGGUUUGGGGUGCAGUCGACGUUCCAGUUCAUCCUAAAGGUGUUCAGUGGGGUUGAGGUCAGGGUUCUGUGCAGGCCACUCAAGUUCUUCCACUCCAAUCUUGGCAAACCAUGUCUUCAUGGACCUCACUUUGUGCACAGGGGCACUGUCAUGGUGGAACAUGUUUGGGCCUCUUAGUUCCAGAGAAGGGAAAUUGUAAUGCUACAGCAUACAAAUCCAUUCUAUACAGUUGUGUGCUUCCAACUUUGUGGCAACACUUGGUUUGUGGAUGACAAACCUAUGGGUGUAAAGGUCAGGUGUCCACAUAAUGGCCAUAUAUUGUAUUUCACAAAAAAAAAAAAAAAAAAAAGAAACCUGAAGAAAGCAAUCUAACAUUUUUAUAUGAACUUUUACAUUCUCGUUUCCUUUGGAGAGCUGAACCUCCAAAGAAGUCUUGCUACCACUGUAGUCUGGCCAGAUACGAUCUGCCAGCAGGUACAUAUAAAUCCCCUACAUUUAAAUCAAAGUACUUUGGAUAAGAUAAAGUGAUAAUAUCUUCUGAAGUGAAUCAGUAGAAUUGGUUGAAUCCUCCUUUGAUCCGCCUGCAUCCACAGUCGAGUGCAGUGCACAGAUCAUGGGUGGAUGUUUACGUAAGAUGGCUAUCUGCUUGGGAAAACAGACAAAGAGGAAGCACGUCUUACCAAGAAGUGCUGGCUAAACAGAAAAACAGCAAGUAGAAAUAACUGAUACCUAUCUUUUGGCCACAAAGAAAAACAUGCACAAAAGAGAUCAUUUAGCACUUCACGAGCCUCUCAAAAGUUUUAAAUGGAAGCGGGUCGACUUGAAAGGUCAUAUGGGCCAGUAGAGGUUUACUCAUAGAAAGUGGAGAAGUCGUUUAACCAUUAUGUUCUUUUCGGGUCAAAAAAGACACACUUGAAAAUGAGUACAUUGCAAUUUAUUAUUUUACUAUUACAAUUUUUCCAACAUGAAACAGUGUUUAGCUCUAAUCAUUGGUAAAUACUCGCAAUGGCCACUUUAUUAGGAAUAACAUACUAAUACUGGGUAGUACCCCCUCUUUUGUUUCAGAGCAGCCUCAAUUCUUCAUGGCAUGGAUUCCACAAGGUGUUGGAAAUAUUCCUUUGAGAUUCCAGUCUGGUUUGCAUGCUGCAAGUCGCCCAUUCUACCACAUCCCAAUGGUGCUCUAUUAGAUUGAGAGAGAGCCAUUGGCUACGUUUACAUGCACAACAAAUUCCAUUUAAAGUCUAUAUUUGGGUUGCAGCCAUAUUCCGAAUAUGAUGGUUAUAUGCAUACAGGCAUCGGAAUAUUCAUGUAUGCAUGGUUGUUGUAAGUAUGUCUGAGAUGCCAUUCCUAAAUACCUAGCCUACAGCUAAGCAUCUCUUAGCACCCACAAUUCCUUGCAAACUGAGCAUGCAUAUGUAUCUCCUUUCAGUGGAUUUUCUGAAUAAGGUGUUUACAUGCAACAAAUUUCCAAUUAAAACAGGCAUACACCAGGGGUGGGAAUAUUGUCUUAAUCUGAAUCGGGCAAUCAGAUUGCGGCGUUUACAUGACUCAAUAUUAAUUAGAAUAUUACCAAAUUCUGAAUAAUAUCAGAAUAUUGAUGUGCAUGUAAACGUAUCCAUUGAAGGCUGUGACAUUUAAAUGAUGCUUGAUUGUUAAUGCAACUCAAACCAGUUAGGCCAUUCUCCUCCGAGCCCUCUCAAGGCAUUCCCUCCUGCUGCACACUGGAUGUUUUUUUUUGUUUUGUUUUUCGCACCAUUCUGUGUAAACUCAAGAUACUGUUGAGCAUAAAACUCCCAGAGGAUCAGCAGUUUCUGAAAUACUCAGACCAGCCCAUCUGGCACCAGCAACCAUGCCACGGUCAAAGAGAUCACACUUUUGCCCCAUGCUUCCCAACUCUUGACCUGAUUGUUUGCACUGCGCGGUUGUCACAUGAUUGGUUGAUUGGAUGAUUGCAUGAAUGAGCAGGUGUGCAGAUGUUCAUAAUAAAAUGACCACUAAAUUUCUAUCUACAUUACAGGUCAUUUUGAACAGACAAUAAAAAGGUAAAAUAAGUGUUGGAGGAUUAGGAGGAUCCCAAAUAUUUUGUUUUCAUUGCUAAUAAUUAAGAUUAAGUACACUAUAUACUACAUUAUAGUACACUGAAGCCAUUUAAUACAUUUAUUAGUAUAAAGUAAAGAAAGAUGGGCUGAUUUCAUGAAACAUAUUAAGCAGGACUUGCUUUUUCAUGUUCAUUUUAUGCACCCAGAAUCUGAUGACUUCCCUAGACCAAGGCCCCAGAGCAGGCAAAGUGGAUCAGAGCAGAGUGUGUGAUGCUUUCAGCUUUUGUGUGCUUUUCAUUUCUUCUGCUCUGUGCCCUCCUCGCAUCUGAUCAACAUUCCUGCGCAGCUUCUUCAUGAUAAUUACAUGAGGAGUUGUGUUUUUCUAAACCAAAGCAGCUGCCUAAUGCAGGCCAGUAAUUGAAUCCAGGGCUCACAAACACACACAUGCGUGUGCUCACAAGAAGACUCAGAUUUUUCGAUAGGUGGGCCCACGCAAGCUAAGUGCAGCGCUGAUCCUAGCAUUAGUGCAUGGAGCCGGGCCCUGGGGCGAGGGAGACUGCGGAGCUCAGUGUGAGGCGCGUAGCUUAGCGACGGGCGCGCAAAAGCAAACGGACCCCAAACCUCAGGUGGUCUCAUUUAAGAUGGAAACAGCUGCAAAAAUGUGGCAAAACAUUAGCAUUACAGUUUCACAAAGUUAUCACUUUACAGCCCUCCAGACAAGUUCAAAAGUCCGGCCCUGAAAGCAACAAUCAAAUGGCUUACAGGCCUAAUGCUGAAAUGUAGCUGGCUAGGUUUUCUAUUGUUGUUUUGACCAAAAAGCUUUGAAGACCAGUGCCUUUGCUAAAGCAUGUGCUGUGGUUUAAACAAGGCUCUCUGCUCACAUCACAUCAGAUACAUUUCACAUGUGAUCAUAAGCGUUUCACAUGUGACAUGUAUGUGAUAUGACAUGUAAUAAAGACAUGUGGAGGUCCAUUUCACUAUAUUAUGCCCUGAAAUUGCAUGUAUGAAUUCAAGUAUACGUGACAUCAUGUGAAUAACAAAUGAUCAGGCGGAAAAAUAAAACCAAAUGUCCUACAUGUGGAAAAUGUGAAAAUAAAAGAACUGUGAGAAAAAUCACACGUGAAAUAUAAAAGCUUGUGAAAAAUGAACAUGUGAAUAAUAAAACCUGUAUUUGAUAAAAGUUAACAUGUAAUAUAAAAUAUAACCACAUGAAUUACAUGUGAAAAUAAAUGAAUCAUGGGUAAAAAAAAAUGUGAAAAAUAUAACCACAUGACCUACAUGUGAACAAUUAAUAUGUUAAAUAAAUCAUAUGGAAAAAGAAAUCACAUGACCUACAUGUGAACAAUUAAUAUGUUAAAUAAAUCAUAUGGAAAAAGAAAUCACAUGACCUACAUGUAAACAAUUAAUAUGUUAGAUAAAUCAUAUGGAAAAAGAAAUCAUAUGACCUACUUAUGUAAAAAAUGAACAUGUGAAUGUAAAUUUAUUGUGUUUGGGGAAAAAUCACGUGAACAAAACCACCACAUGACCUAUAUGUGAAUAAUUAACAUGAAAAAUAAAAACUCAUGACCAAGAUGUGAAACUAAAACAAUCAUGUGAAAAUAUCACAUGUGAAAAACAAAACCUCAUGUCUUUUAUGUGAAAAAUUUACAUUUGAAAAUCAGUUAAUGGUGUGGGGAAAAAUGUGAAAAUAAAACGGUGUGAUAAAAUUAGCAUGUGAAAAUAAACAAAUCAUGUGAAAAAUAAAACUACAUGACCUACAUAUGGAAAAUGAACAUGUCUAAAUAAUUAAAACUUUUUGGAAAAAAAAAGUCAGAUGUAUAUAAAAUAUAAAACCACAUGAACUAAAAGUAAAAAUAAUCAUGUGAGAAAAUCAGAUGUGCAGCAUGCAACCACAUGACCUAUAUAUGAAAAAUGAACAUGUGAAAAUAAAUUAAUGACAUGGGGGAAAAAAUCACAGGUAAAAAAUACGAUCACAUGACCUACAUGUGAAGAAUUCAAAUGUGAAAAUAAAUGAAUCGUGAGAAAACCACAGCAAAAAAAUAAUAAACAGCCAUACAUGUGAAAAAUUAACAUUAACAGUAAAAAAAAAUGAAUUCUGUUAAUUAGUUAUGAUAUUUCACAUGUGAAUUUGAUGGGAGUUUGCUGUGAGGGAUUCCUGCAGGAGCUAUGGCAAAGCUGAGACUGCUCUCAAUUCACAUAAACAAAGAAAUCAUAAGGAAAUUCAUAACAUGUUGUAAGUGAUGUAGUGUUGGAGUUGCAGGAAUUGUUUUUAUUGUAUCAUCUGAAAUUAUAAAAAAAAAAGGCAACAAUU